AUGGCGGCACCUUUUGAUCUGUCCAAGCCCAACCGCACCAUCCACGCCGGAGUGAUCCUCAUGAACGCAGAGACGGAGAUCCUUGAUGUGGCUCCCAUUGACAUGUUGAACGAGGUGUCAAAGCACUUCGUUCAGACUGUGGAGCAGUUCGGCCCUAAAGGCAUGGCAGCCCAGGCUCUCGAUAUUGAGUUUCACUGGGUCAAUGAGACGGGCGACAUUGCCAAAUUGACCGGCGGCCUCUUGAUUAAGCCGACCGACGACUUCUCGACGUGUCCACCCCUUGACAUCGUCCUCAUGGGAGCGCAUCUGAACAACUAUGCCCCGAACAAGGCGGAGCUCGACUUCGUGCGCAAGAGCUACGAGGACUGCUCGGCGUUCAUCACCAUCUGCUCGGGGUUGCAAGCGGCGUUCGAGGCCGGGCUGUUCAAGAAGAAGACGGUGGCGGCACCUCGAUUCAUAUUGCCGCAUCUCCGAGCGGCCGAUCCUGAAACGAAUUGGGUCGAAAAGCGUUGGCACAGAGACGGCAAGCUCUGGACGAGCGGCGCCUUGCUCAAUGGGCUGGAAGUCAUGCGUGCGUUCGCUACAGAAUAUUGGGGCGGUGAGGGCACAUUGGUGCAGUUUGCUCUGGAUAGCGGACACUGGCCGCACAGGGAUGUCGAUUAUAAGGAUGCCCCAACAAAGCUUUGA